AAGAAAAGCACAAAAGCUUCAAAACUGUAGAUGACAGGCACCUCUCACUCGCAGGUCUCAAGGUUGGCAAGUAUGCUCAUGGACCACACCCACCUUUUAUUUUGAAAAACUGGGUGACAUACUGUCUGCAAUGAUGUAUUUGGGUUUAGAUAUGUUAGUGGAGAAAUGUAACAUAUUAUUUCUUUAAAAAGUAUAAAAACUUUCCUAAAAUAUACUUUAUUCUAUUUUUUGAAUUCAAGUUUGAAUCAAUAACGAAUGGAUAAUACAUACAAUAUUUGAUACAUUUUAUCUUUCAUUAGUAUCUCAGGAUUACAGGAGUUCAAUGUUGUAUUGAUAACUGCAGACUGCAGUAUAUAUUCCACCUAGGGCUGAACGAUAUAUCGUGUCAUGGCGAUAACCGCGAUAUGCGCAUGCGCAAUAUUCACAUCGCAGGGACGUGCGAUUUUAUAAAAAAAAUUAUAAUUUUUUUUUUUUUAGGACGUGCGAUAUUAAGUAGGUAAAUUAACUCAAACACGUCAUGUUACAAUUAUUUUGCUGCUUGCUACAAAAGGAAAACUUGCGCGGCUCUGGGGUACUUGAGUGAGUGACAUGCAGGCUCUGCAUGCACAGCAAACCACCAAUCACAAUCAUUCUUGAUCAGAUCACAGCAGGCCCCUGAUGGUCUGCAAACUAUAGUUUGGUCUGCAAACUAUAGUUUGUCUGCAAAACUAUAGUUUGCAGACCAUCAAAACACCGGUAAAAAAUUAGCGAGGAACAGGAGGACAAUACCGGCGAGAAUGAAGAUUUACUUCCAAAAAGAAAAGCAACAUCUGCCAUCUGGAACUAUUUUGGAUACAAAAAGGUUCUUCUCUUCUUCAUUCACAGAUGAACCCCCUUAUUUGAGGGUAAGCAACAUGCAUUAUCAUGACAUGUUAGAUCAUGACUUAAGGUAUAAUGAGUCAACCAGUUAAGAUCCAGUCGUCCGUGACUAAAAUCCUUCAUCCGGUUAAAUAUAGCUAAAAAAAACGCAAUAUAUAUCGCAGGGGAAAAAAAUAUAUAUCGCAAUGUCAGUUUUUUUUCAAUAUCGUGCAGCCCUAAUUCCACCAGAUGCCAAUGCUAGCGCGGCGCUAAGUCAGCUACAUGAUGCUAUUAGCAGUCAACAAAGCAUGUAUCCUGAGGCUGUCACAGUGAGGCUGUCCACAUCAUGGCGGGGGACUUUAACCAUGCCAACUUAAAGGUAGUGCUUCCCAGACUCUACCAGCAUGUUAAAUAUGCCACGAGGGGGGAUAACACACUGGACAAGGUCUACACGAAUAUUAAGGGGGGCUACAGAGCUAAAGCGCACCUAGGCCAGUCAGAUCAUGUGUCCCUUCUCCUAAUUCCGGCCUACUCCCCCAUCAGGAAAAGUGUUUCCACCAUUAUAAAGACAAUUAAAACCUGGCCUUUAGACGCCACUCCACAGCUGCAAGACUGUUUUGAGAACACCGACUGGGUUUUUUUCGAACAUGAGGACCUGGAACAGUACACAUCAGCAGUCCUGGGAUACAUCAAGCACUGUUCAGACUCCGUCACUGUGGAUAAGCGCAUCCGGGUUCAUCCCAACAAGAAGCCGUGGAUGACUGGAGAUGUGCAGCACCUGGUCAGGGAGAGGGACAUCGCCUUCAGGACUGGUGAGAGGAAGCUGUACAGCACUGCCAGAACCGACCUGAAGCGGGGGAUCAAGCGGGCCAAGAUGGACUACAAGGGGAAGAUUGAGGACUGCUUCCGGGUCAACGACUCCAGGCGGGUGUGGCAGGGGGUCCAGCUACAAACCCAGCCACCCCUCGGCCGACGGGGGUGACCCUCAGCUGGCGGAGGAGCUGAACUCCUUCUACGCCCGCUAUGAGACGGGGCUAUCGGAAGCAGCCACACCAUUACACCCACACCAUUACACCCACCUGCCCUCAGCAUCCUCACGGAGCACGAGGUGAGACGCACACUGAAGGCAGUAAACCCGAGAGAAGCAGCGGGGCCGGACGGAGUCUCAGACCAGUUCGCCUACAGGGCCAACAAAUCCACGGAGGACGCCAUCGCCACAGCUCUCCACUCUACCCUGUCUCACCUGGAUGCUCUUCGUGGACUUCAGCUCGGCAUUUAAUACCAUCCUCCAUGACACUGGUGACCAAGCUAUCAGUCCUGGGAGUAUCCCAUUCCUUGUCUGAUCGCCCCCAGAGAGUGAGGGUAGGCACCCACACCUCCACGUCCCUCAGUCUCAGCACCGGGUCACCACAGGGCUGCGUGCUGAGCCCCCCUACGCCCUCUACACCUAUGAUCUCGUCCCCGCCCACACCAGCAACUCCAUCACAAAGUUUGCUGAUGAUACCACCAUGGUGGGCUGCAUCUCAGGGGGUGACGAGACCGCGUACAUGGACGAGGUGGAGCAACUGUUAGCGUUGUGCAAAGUAAACAACCUGCAGCUGAACAUGCUGAAAAUCCAGGAAAUGAUCAUUGACUUUAGGAGGAAGAAGACCGACAUGCAGCCCCUGUACAUUGAUGGAGGCUGUGUGGAGAGAGUCUCAGUGAUCAAAUUCCUGGGCGUUCACCUGGCGGAGGACCUGUCCUGGAGGACCUGUCCUGGAGGACCAACACCACGGCAACCGUCAAGAAGGCACAGCAGAGACUAUACUUCCUGAGAAUACUCAAGAGAUACCACCUCAGAUUGUCAUAUUGUCUUGUUGUUGCGUGUUGGCACCUUGAGUUCAUUGUAAUUUCGUUGUACCUGUACAAUGACAAAUUAAAGAUCUAUCAAUCUAUCUAUUAUGAAUGUUGGCUUUUUCAAUUGAGAAAAAAGUCAGUCCCAUAACAAGGGUUUUACAUUUUUAUAGAAAAUAAAUCAAUAAAAUGAUAGCCCAUCCUUGCAUUUUAUUUAACUCUGCUGAUGUCACAGUGCAGCAUGUGGCUCCACGUUGACGAUAAUAAACUUAAACAUAGCAGCUACUACUUCCAGGAAAUACAUUCUCAAAAUGGUUGCCUAACCAACAUAAUGUGAGAUGAAUUCAGUUUAUUGUAAUCUUCAGAGAGCAUCUGACUCACACACUCGUCAUCCUCCACUGCUGCAGAAAUGAUAAUCUGUUCAAAUUCAACAAAGACACACUGUGUGUCCAUAUUUGACCUCCAUUUUAAAUGUUCCUGUUACUCAGCUGUGACAGCUUAAAAAAAAGUUGUAAUGAAUUGUUGUUUUAAUGUUGUGUAAAGUCCCAUAAGACAUAUACGAUUGAUAGCAAUGUGCAAUCCAAUGUCAAAUUCCCUGCAAAAAUGUAGGCAAUCUAAUAAUUGUUUCAAUCCUGUUAAACCCUGAGCCUGCUUUUCAGGUUUCAGGCUCGAAAAUGACAUUCCCAGAACAAAUGACCAUAUCUUCCCUUCUAAAAGGGUUAAAUUAAUAAUCUUUUUUCUCAAAGCAAGGUUACACCUGUGAGUUGGAUGUAGAAGUGUCAGAAUCAAUAUAGAUGUUUUUAUUUUAA